GCGAUACAUGUAUUUAUUGAUAAUUCAAAUUUCUAAGGUGUUUUUGUUAAAACUGACCCUAAGUUGCUACCAAGGAGAUUUAUUCCUUUUUUUAUUGUUGUGAACUAACAUUUUGAUUAUUUGUAAACAGGAUUUAUAUUUGCAAUAAUGGUGUAUUUUAAUAGCACAAUUACUACAAUACAUAUGAUACCUGAAAAUGAUACGCAUGAGUAUAUAUCUAUUCUUGAAAUCAGUAACCAGUUAGCAAGGAUACUAAUUCCAGCGACAGUGUAUCUUUGUAUAAUACUUGUUACGGGUGUCAUAGGAAAUAUAAUGGUGCUGAUAGUUUAUGGUUUCCGAGUACGAAAGACUGCAUACACUUUUUUGAUUUUGAUACUGGCUGCCCUUGAUUUAAUAACCUGCUUGUUUGGAGUGCCAUAUCACAUUUUGUCGGUCGUGCAUCCUUUGAUGUUUGUUUGGAACGUUUUUUGUAAGAGUGUGAGCUUCAUACUUCAUUUAACGACAAUGUCAUCUGCGUUAGUUGUAAAUGUGAUUGCGUACGAUCGAUAUCGAAAGAUUUGCAGACCUUUUCGACGUCAGCUCUCUCUGACACAUAUCAAAGCCGCCUGUUUUGUCGUAAUAACUGUGUCGGUCAUUUUGGCUACUCCUGUGUUGAUAAUGUACGGUUCAACAGCAGGGGAAACAGAUAUUGCAAAUUUGACAGGGACAGUAUGUUUUAUAAGUCAAGAAUUUUCUGGGACCCUGUUUCAUCAAACUUAUAGCGGUUUGGUUUUUCUUCUCUUUAUAGUGUUACUUAUAUUUAUGAUAUCGAUGUACAUUAAUGUCGGUAGACGGAUUUUAAGACUUCGUGCAUUCACACACAAACCAGAGAUCUCAGCUACCGAAACAGUAUUAAAAGAGUCCAGGGAUUUAAACACUAUAAAUAUGCCACAACAGAAAACGCAAGGCGAUGAAAGUGAAACACACAUCAGCAUGGCUCCUAAACGACAAAAUCAGGAUAAUUGCUACCACUCAUCUGCAAAGUCGACAACUUUACAAGACAAAACAGAUUGUGAGUCAAAUGUUGAUAUUUCAAAUAGAAAUAAAGAUGACACCACAAACAAAAUUGAUAAUCAAAAUAUUCAGUUGGAUUCGUGUAGCUCAGUAUCAAAAACAACUUCUAUCAUAGUGGAAAGUGAUUCUACAAUACAAAAUAAUAGCAAAUAUUCAAACACAGAUUUCGAAACGAAGAAACUAAAGAAAAGAUUACGAAUAACACUUAUGUUAUUUGUAAUAACAACUGUAUUUAUUAUUAGUUUCUUGCCUUAUCUAACAACUGGAAUUGUUGGUAGUUUAAACAGUGAAAUUUGGAAAAAUAUGUCUGAUGCAGAGCUGGUCAUUUACGGACUUUUACAGCGAACGUAUCUUAUUUCGAGUAUGAGUAAUCCAAUUGUGUAUUGGUUCCUGGACAAACAAUUCAAAUCUGAAUUUUGCAUAAUGUUUGGACAUUUGUGUCCUUAGUGCAAAAAAUGAAUCUAGCAGGGUUACUUUACUAUUGUAUAUUUUAACUUUGUUUAUAUUUAGGCAUAUUAUGUAAUUCUAAUUUCCCGUGUUGAGGAGAAAAUACUGAAAAUAAGUGGACAAAAUCGCGGUCACAUGACAAAAUUGUGUUUAUGAGAUGAUAGACAAAAACGUUCAGGUGAUCAUACGUCUGGUUUUAAAUAAUUGAUUAACAAACCACUCAUAACUCUUUAUGUAUUAUAAUUUUAUAUUCGUAUAUGUAGAAAAACUAAAUAACAUCUGAAUAAUUUUACAAACGAAUAGCGCGUAUAAAACAUGUAAUGUGUGCUGUAACAUAUGUUAAUGACGUUCGUUUUUUAUUGAAUAGGCAUUUCACAUAUCAUUUUCUUUUUGAUUUUAGAGGGCUUUUAAAGACAACAUAUAAAAGUCUGUUUAGAUUAUUGUAUCGACAGACGGAUAACCGGACGAUUAAAGGAUCGACUAGUAAAAAAAACAUUUUUACUUUUUUUAUUAUUUAGAAGAGAAAAAUGCA